AUGUCGGAAGUACUGACUGUCAUCGAGCAGCCAAGCUCAAUAAAAAAUUUUCUCAAGAAAGCCUCAAAUGUUGCAUUCCUAGCCGGUGGAGUAGCUGGCGCCGUUUCUCGAACAGUUGUCUCGCCUUUUGAAAGGGUUAAAAUACUGCUCCAAGUCCAAAGCUCAACCAACUCGUAUAAUCAUGGCAUAUUUAGUUCCAUACGACAAGUAUAUUGUGAGGAGGGACCUAAAGGUUUAUUUAGAGGAAAUGGUUUGAAUUGCAUAAGGAUCUUUCCUUACAGUGCAGUCCAAUUUGUAGUUUAUGAAGGCUGUAAAAAAAAGGUAUUUCACGUAGAUGCCUAUGAUGGACAGGAACAACUGACGAACUCCCAGAGACUUUUUAGUGGCGCCUUAUGUGGUGGCUGCAGUGUCGUGGCUACUUAUCCGUUGGAUUUGAUCAGAACAAGAUUAUCAAUUCAAACAGCAAAUUUGAGUGGUCUCAGCCGGUCAAAGGCGAAGAGCAUAUCAAAGCCUCCAGGCAUUUGGAAAUUACUAAGCGAAACUUACAGACUGGAAGGCGGUAUCAAAGGACUAUACAGAGGGGUAUGGCCAACAAGUCUUGGGGUUGUCCCAUAUGUAGCAUUAAACUUUGCAGUUUAUGAACAAUUAAGAGAAAUAAGUAUCAAUAGCUCAGGUUUCGAACCCUCAUGGAAAAGCAAUCUGUAUAAGUUAGCAAUUGGCGCCGUAAGCGGAGGUGUUGCACAAACAAUGACAUAUCCCUUUGAUCUGUUGAGGAGACGAUUCCAGGUUCUUGCAAUGGGCGGAAAUGAACUGGGAUUUAAAUAUUCCAGUGUUUGGGAUGCACUGGUGACAAUUGGAAAAGCAGAAGGCUUCGGCGGUUACUACAAGGGUUUAAGUGCAAACCUCUUUAAAGUUGUUCCUUCCACUGCAAUAAGUUGGCUAGUUUACGAAGUUGCAUGUGACUCAAUUAGAUCUUGGUGA